GUGUGCCACUGGCAAUAUCUGAGCCCAGCGCUGGCUGCGGAGCGCAGGGCUGGCUGGCUGGCUGCUCAUGUGCCACUCGAAGCGCCGCGCCUUCCACCACAAGCCGGUGAACUGCUUGGACACACGACAAACUUGCUUUCUUUCUUUACAUUGAAUCGAGCUACCUUGUGGCACGCUAACCUUAACUCGAACCAGAGCAGCGGGAUAAGACAACUCCUUUCCGAGCGCAAGGAGGAUUAAGCCAACAUCAGCAAUGCCUUUUGGUUGCAUAACACUUGGUGACAAAAAGGAUUAUAAUAACCCUUCAGAUGUAACGGACAAAUAUGACUUGGGACAAACAGUCAAGACGGAGGAGUUCUGCGAAAUAUUAAGGGCAAAAGAGAAAUCUACUGGGAAAAUGUACACUUGCAAGAAGUUUUUAAAGAAAGAUGGAAGAAAAGUUAGAAAAGCAGCAAAAAAUGAAAUUAUGAUUUUAAACAUGGUGAAGCAUCCAAACAUAUUGCAGCUGGUGGAUGUCUUUGAAACGCGCAAGGAAUAUUUCAUCUUCCUGGAACUCGCCACAGGUCGGGAGGUUUUUGACUGGAUCCUGGACCAAGGAUACUAUUCAGAACGAGAUACCAGCAAUGUAAUCCGACAAGUAUUGGAGGCUGUGGCUUACUUGCACUCCCUCAAGAUUGUCCACAGAAAUCUGAAGCUGGAGAACUUAGUUUAUUUCAAUCGCCUAAAAAACUCCAAGAUCGUAAUAAGCGAUUUUCAUCUGGCAAAGUUGGAGAACGGUCUGAUCAAAGAGCCCUGUGGCACGCCGGAGUAUCUAGCUCCAGAGGUUGUCGGGCGACAGAAAUAUGGACGGCCAGUUGACUGCUGGGCCAUCGGAGUGAUCAUGUACAUACUGUUAUCAGGGAAUCCACCUUUCUACGACGAAAAUGAUGAUGAGGAUUACGAAAAUCAUGACAAGAACCUAUUCCGAAAAAUCCUGGCUGGGGACUAUGAGUUUGAUUCCCCAUACUGGGAUGACAUUUCAGAUGCAGCUAAGGAUCUGGUGAGCCGUUUGAUGGAAGUUGACCAGGAUUCCAGGAUAACAGCUCAAGAAGCCAUUAAUCAUGAAUGGAUUUCAGGAAAUGCCGCUUCAGACAAGAACAUCAAAGACGGAGUCUGCGCCCAGAUUGAGAAAAACUUUGCCAAAGCGAAAUGGAAGGUACUUGAAAAAGCGGUGAGAGUAACAACAAUCAUGAAGCGGCUCCGGGCACCCGAACAGACCGCCUCCCCGGCUUCAGUGCCCGCGCCACAGGAAGGAACUGAGAACAAGGCCGCCGGCAGCACUCCUCCCCCAGAAAGUCAGACGGACAACUCAGCCAAGGUCGGCGUUACGACUAAAGCCUCCCCCAAGUGUAAUGGAGAAGCGGCCAGCCCUCACAAACCCGCCGCUGAAGCGUGGGAGGAGCAGAACGGCUGAUUCACACCACCUCGCGCAGCGAACUUAUUGUGUAAAAUUUAAAAAAGUAGUUCAAAAUUUUUAUCAAUUAUUAAAAUGGCAGGCACGGUCAAACCGAUCAUAAGCAUUAAUAAAACAAUUCAAAGUGGUAUUCAGAUGCAACGAUUGCCGCAGUUAAAUCCAGCAAGGCAUGUGUUAAUAGGUCUGUGAAGUUUGAAGCAAUAAUUGGAAAUUGUGGGUACUGUUUCUGCAAAAUGAAUCUAGAUUGAAAUUCAGGUGGAAGAACUAUGGCCAAAACUUCCUGUCUUAUUUGCCAUACUGUUAGAAAAUUUUAUUGACAUUGCAUCUAUUAUUUUGAAAACACAUGCCACAUAUUAGCUUCUUGCAACACCUGGAAUUUCACUUCCUCAAGCAAUCUGCAGAUACACCUUGCUUAAUAUCAGCCUGAUUCAACUAGACCUUCUGUGCAUACUUUUACUACGUCAUGCUUGUGUCUGGGAGCUUUGCCCUCUGCCUCGUGUGCUAGAAAAGGUAUUUGCUCUGCCUGAUUUCUUUUUUUUUUCUUCUUUUCUGAUUUUUGCCUGAUUUCUCGGUGAGGGAAUCAUGGCACCCAAGCAAGGUGAUUCUAUGCAUGCUGGUCCCAGAAGCGGAUCUGCAAUCACUCAUUACAAUCGCUCCACUAUUUUAAACCUCUAC